AUGGAAACGGAGGUUGCGCUCAGGACGAUGACAGUGGCGAUGGCCACUACUCCGAGUGGCUCUCCGCAGGGCUGGGGCUCGCCGGGUGGCCGGUUGAUGCAGAUGAGCCAGCAACAUGAAGUGGUCACGAGUGUGGACCAGCAGCCAAGGUUUGAGGGCGUUCAGAACGCCGCCCAAGCGUCGUGGUCUGUGGCUUCUACGAGGAGAUCGGUUCCUGUGUGGGUGCAGCGCUUGGGGGCUUUCUUUCAAGAAAUGAGGCCACAGGGACAAAGCCCAGCUAUGUGGGCUCCAUCGCCUAUGGGAUCUCCCCCUCAGCAAGCACCUCGGAGAGCGUUGGGACCUGGUAAUGCGGAAGGAGGACAUGGUGGUGGACAGGGACCAGCACCGCUCCUGUCCCCGCAACAUCAGGAGCAGCUUCGAAGGAUGGAGCGAAAUGCGCCGCUCCUUUAUGGGCCGAGGCAGGAGCGAGGCCAGGAGAGUUCUGGUGGCUCCACGUAUGAGGCGGUUCAAGAGGAGGUCAAGAAACAACUUCGUGGGGUUGUUGAACAGCUGGAAGCUAGCCGACAAGAAGCGCAUGGAUUGCGGCAGGAGGUGCUGCGAUUGCGCAACAGUCGUGAGCAUGGCAAUGACCAGGACUCCUACGAGUAUCCGCAAGGGCCUCCGCGGGCUUUUGGUGGCUAUUUGAGUGGGGAUGUGGUAGAAAACCAAGGUGUUCGUCCGAUGGCCAAGGCAGCAUUGCCUCCGUUACCUCUUCGUGCAAGGACUUCUACAACGGAAGCAUCGGGCUUACAAACAGCAGGAACUACCACUGAGGCAUCGGGCGUACAAGCGACAUUGCCUUCUACAGCGGUGUCGGGCUUACAAGCGCCAUUGCCUACCACAGCGGCUUCGGGCUUAUAUGCAGCUCAACCUACCACGGGGACAUCGGGCUUGGAUGCAGGUUUGACGGUUCCUACGGUGACGGCGGUGCAAGGUGCAGGGGGACAGCCUGGACUUGGUACUCAGGAUGUUCCGAUGGGUACCGGUGACGACGGCUCACGUGGUGAUCCAAUGACGAGGCUGCUUGAGGGUUUGGAGAAGGUGAUCAAGGGCAACAAGCCGGAGGAGCUCUCUAAGAGUGUGGAGGCCCCUAAGCUGCCGGAGAUCUCGGAAUCUUCCUCGGUGGACUUUGGAGACUGGUUGUAUUGCUUGGAGCAUUCGAUGGGCGACUUGUCUGCGAGCAGUGCGGAGUGGUGGAGGAUGGUCGUCAAAGAUGCUCAAGACUACUACGACAAAUACCAGCAAGCAGAUCAGUUUGCAAGGUUGGCCCUGAAACCGGAGCAGUGCACGGGACUCCAGGACCCAAAGUGGACAAGAGUGGAUAGACGUGGUGCGUCGCUCCUGAUCGCGGCUACCCCAGACGACGUGAAGAAGGAGAUCAUCGCUUCGAGGGCUAAGACAACCUUGGAGGUGCUCUCCAGGCUGAUGGUGUUGUACAGGCCAGGCAGUGCUGUGGAGAAAGGGCAGUUGCUCAAGAAGAUUGAGAACCCAGAGCCGGCUAGCACCCCUCAGGAGGCAGUAGAGUCGCUGAGACAGUGGCUACGGUACUACCAACGAGCACGUGACCUACGGCUGGGAACACCGGAUCCAUCGAUUCUGGUUAGAGCGUUGGACAGUAUGCUGAAGAAGCCGAUAACGGACAACCAGGAGAUCACGUUCAGAAUGAACCUCCUUCGUUACCACUUGAAGGUGGACUUUGCCCCAACGGAGGACAACGUGUUGGCUGUGCACAGGGCGUUCUUGGCGGAGUUUGAACAGUUGGGUUUCCGAAAGCCUAAGGUGGUGAAGGCACAAGAUCCCCCAGCCAAUCCAAAGGUCAGGGCUGUGGAAGCGCCGCAGGGUUCUACACCGAUGCCAACAACGACACCGAAAGGAGGUCUGAGACCAUGUCGGUUCUACCUGUCAGAUGAAGGGUGCAGAAGGGGAAAGGCUUGCAAGUACGAGCACUCGAUGAAGGAGCUCAGCAAGGCCGAACGCAGGGACCGGUGCUAUGAGUGUGGUGCCAAAGGUCAUUUGUCGUCGGCGUGCCCUACCCGGAAAGAAUCUGCCCAACAAAAGGCAAUGGCUACAGGAGACUCGCCGCAGUCCUCUACCGGGGGUACCAAUGGAAGAAGGAAUGCAGGUGGUCCUUCGAGAAGUCCAAAGGGGGCAGAGAAGGAUGCAAUCGCCCAGACCGGCACAGGAGUGGAGCCUGCCCAAGCGACCGUGCAGGCAGAAUCUCCGGUACAGGGGGUUCCGGUGGAGCAGCUCUUGGAGGACGCUCAGAAGCUGAUGAAGGCUUUCAUGGAGCAAAAGAGCACCCCGAAUAUCAAAGUGCUUCGCGUGGAGACUACGCAGGAAGCUGAUGUAAGGGCUUCACCGGCGCUCAGAGAGCUGAUGAAGUCGGAAGAGGACAUGGUGAACAUGUGUAGAAUGGGUCUUCUGGACUCAGGAGCUACGCAUGCCCUCCGCCCACGAACCCCGCAGGACAAAGGCGAGAAGACCAGCGUGAGUGUUACGCUGGCAGGGGAGCAGAAGGUGCAGAUGGACCAGACCAAGAGUGGGACGAUCCUAGGCGACAAGCAGACACAGCCCAUUGUGCCGUUGGGAACUCUGGUGCAGGCGCUCGGCUAUGAGUUCGCAUGGGAUCGCAAAGGUUGUAGACUCAGGCACCCAGACAGGAAGGAGAUCAAAGUCUACACGCGGUCCAAUUGCCCGGAAAUUGCCCAGUGUGACGCGCUGCGCCUCAUUGCGGAGUUGGAAGAGGCAAAGUUGUCCGAGGCUAUGGGAUCACUGGCUACCUUGAGGUCAGCGAUUAUGGCGGCAAGGGACUACACACAGUGGGGUUGGAAAGAGGCGAUCCGUGAGUAUGUGUCGACAAGAGAAAAGGAGACCGGGGUGAAAGCGGUCUUGGCAGCCCCGUUCAUGCACCAUGUACCAAUGGAGGACCAGUUGAAGGUGGUAGUGGAGAUGCCAAAGACCUCAGAAGAAGCAUGGACUUGGAUGAAGAGCUUCCCGCUCAACCGAGCUAAGAGGCGACAGCUAUGGCAAGCUCCAGACUGGACGGUGCACUUGUUUGCGGGAAAGGGAGUGAAGAAUGAUCCUCUUCGGGAUCUGCCUGGGUUCCUGGAGAUUGACUUGCAGAAGGGGUGGAACCUCAACGACGGCAAGAUCUAUGGAGUUCUGCUGUGGGCGGCUACUCAGGGUCGCGUGAAGCAGGUCAUCGGGGGACCACCUGGUGGGACGUUUGCGCCUUUCCGUUAUCAGUCUGGAAGAGACGGACCUCGUCCAGUGAGGUCCAAUCAUGAGCCUUGGGGACUUCGCGAGGGACUUGGAGUUGAGGAGUCUACAAAGGUGAAGAAUGAAAACGCGAUGAUCCUCAAGAUGAUUUGGUUGUGGACCUUUGCAGAAGCAGCGCUUGAUGAUCCAGAUGUACCAGGACACAAGGUGGGGUUUUGCAUGGAGUUUCCCGAAGACCCAAGGAGUUAUCUUCCAGAGGGAGAUCAGAAGCAAAGCUGCGUGUCCGUUUGGAGAACAGAGUUCAUGAGGGAGUUCAUCAACGUCACACAGUUUAGCCAGGUGAAGUUUGAGCAGGGUGCCCUGGGGCACCAGAACAGGAGGCCCACGUGCUGCCUUACCAAUUUGGAGUUGGGAAUACAGGGCUUGAAGGAUUCGCGAGCGUUUUUGAGCAACGAGGAGGCGGAUCCUGAUCAGUCAGUGUGGCCGUUUGGAUUCAGGAUCACCUUGGCAGAUGCGAUUCAUGAGUGGAUUGUGGCUCGGAGCGCCAUUGCGGUGAAGAAGGCCAUGACCAAGUCUGAGCUUGCCGAGUGGAAGGCGCAUAUUGAACGAGGCCAUAUAAGGGACUGCUCGGUGUGCUUGUCGGCUUCGGGAACGGGUAGACCAGCGAGGCGAGUGGUUCACAGAGAUGCAUAUGUUCUCAGCCUGGACAUAGCGGGACCUUUCGCAGAUGUGGGUCGCGAUGAAGUUCGUGGGUGUCGGUACAAGUUUGCGCUUGCAGCAACCUAUUUGUACCCCAAGGUCCGAGAUGUUCCAGAAGACAGCCCUAUCCCAGACGAGGAGGAGGCGGAGAAGUUCCUCGCUGAGGAGGAGGAUCAGCCUGAAGACGGUGAGCAGGGCCCGGAGGAUCCAAGCGCGGAUGCUCAAGAAGAAGAGUGGAAGAGGAAGGUCGAGGACCUCAAGAAGCCGAUGGAGAUGCAAGCCUUGCGCUUUGUGAUCCCGUUGGAGCGUCAUUCGGGCAAGGAGGUGCUGGAAGCGGUACAGGACCUUCACAUUCGCAUUCGAGCCCUUGGCUUGCCGGUGGUGCGAAUACACUCAGACAGGGCAAGAGAGUUCAGGGUGAAGCCGCUGAGGAAAUGGUGUCGCGAAAGAGAUAUAUAUCAAACGUAUACGGAGGGUUUAGCGCCCGCCCAGAAUGCCACUGCGGAAAGCCAUGUGAAGUGGUUGAAAAGCAAGGCAAGGCUCCACCUUCAAGACGCGGAGCUGGACAAGGAGCUUUGGCCGUGUGCGAUGAAGCACGCGUGUAAGCUCCACAAUGCCAGAGAGCUUGGAGAAAAGGCUCCUGAAAUCCGGUUCGGAGCUGUGGUCUGGGUGAAGUCCAAGAAGGACAGAGGGCCGUUUGAUCCGAAGUGGGAGCGAGGUGUGUACAUGGGGCCAGCAGAUGAUGUUCGAGAGGGACAUGUUGUGCGGCUAGAUGAUGGGCUGUGGCUACGCACGUUGCAUAUGAGGACAGUGCGGGACGAUGAGGUCGAGGACGAUGAAGAGGAAGAGUUCGUUGUGGACCUUGUGGAGCCGACCCGUAGAUUGCGAAUGAAGACCAAGCUCACCGACCCAGAGGUGAGGGCAAUGGAUGCAAAGUGUCGCAAGACGUUGGUGGAUAAGCUGUUGGCAUCCCCUAUUUGGAGUUCACCUGAGGCAAAGAUAGAGCGGCCGCAGAUGAAAAAUGGAGAAGCUUGGGAGGACGCAGCCUACGUGAACCUUGGGGCCUACCAGCACGGCGGGAUCACAAGCAUCACGGUUGCGACAGAGAAGUUUUCGCAUGAAGCGGAGCUGGCAACGAGCCUGCUGAAGAAAGACCACCCAGGUAAGGUCUUUACGUCAGUGGCGCUCGUAAAGAAUGCCACUAUGCCGUUGCACAGAGAUGCUUUCAACAUGAAGUCCACUGUGAACUUGGUUUCUCCUCUCAAAGUGUCCAAAGGGAGCAGUGUGUGGCAAGAGAUGAAGCCUGGAGAUGAGUUCUAUGGGAAGUACAAGGCCAUGUGGUUCAGGGAGAAGGAGAUCCCCGGUCAGUUGUUCAGUGUGGAAAAGCCUACUACGGUGCGUCCAGACAGGCUACAUGCCCCACUCCGUGGAGAAGAUGGUGACCGAAUUGUGAUCAUCGGCUACACGGUGAGCAAGUGGGAGAAGCUGUAUGAUCACCAAUGCGAGGACCUUAUGGAGUUGGGUUUUCAGCUUCCGGAACGGGAGCCGCAGCUGAGGAUGAGAGGGAUCUACAAUGAUGCCACCAACGGGGACUACGGCGGUGUCGGGCUCCAGUUUCUUGGGACCAGGAUCUUCCAGCGAAUCAACGCUGCAGAGGCCUCCUACGGAAGAAGGUAUGGAGGUGAGUUCAGGGACAGCACCAAUGGGUCCGAUCUCGAGCUCAUCGGCAAGCUCAGGAAGGCGUCCAGAAGGUUUCCCAGAGUUGAGUGGGGAGAGGAUGGACACAACGGUCAUUCCUGGAGGAAGGAUCGAGCUGAGACUUCGCUGCACGAUGGAAGUCAGGAAAACGUGGUUAUGACUUCCACCCCCCUCAUGCCCCUGGGUCACGAUGAGGAGGAGCACUUGAGGAGGAGGGUGUCCUGGCUUUCGGACUUGGUGGAGGAAGAGAGACAAGCUCGGCGGGCCAGGGAAGCUCGUGGAGAGUACGCGGGCCAGAGGGAGCGGCAGAUGUUCUACAAGCUCGAUGAAGCCAUCGACUACAUGAACGAGCUCCUGGCAGUCAGCGACCACACGAGGCAGCAGAACAGGGUGAACUUGAUGAGAAUGGCGGUGGGCCACAACACCUCGGAGAAUGUGGAGGAAAUGUUAAGGGCAUUGGACAAGCCCUUGGAGACUGUUCACACAGUGGAUUUGCAGGAGGUUAAGCGGCACCUGCAAGAGUGGACCCCAAGCAUUGCGAAGGAGGUUCAGACGCUGGAGGGUUCGGGGACUCUUCGGCCCAUGCCCCUCCAAGAGGCAAGGGAGAAGGCAGCGAAGGGUGAGUUGGUCCUGGUUCCAGCGAAGACGGUGCAUACAGCAAAACCUCCUGGGGAAGGUGAUGGAUUGUUCAAAAGACGUUCAAGGAUUGUGAUCUGCGGAAACUACAUCAACAAUGAGGUGGAGGUGUAUACAGCCUCAGCCAAUGCAGAGAGUGUGAGGUGCUCGCUGUCAUAUGGGGCCAGAAAGAGGUGGCAUGGUGCAGUUACAGAUGUGAACUCAGCUUUUACCCUCACCCCUAUGACAGAGUCAAAGGUCCGCUACGCGAUCACGAUGCCAAAGGUGGUGGUGGAUGCGGGUUGCGCACCCGCACAGACAGCCUACCUCGUGGACCGCGUCCUCUACGGCCUGAGGGAAGCACCAAGGUUGUGGGGAAGUUUUCGAGAUCGCCGGAUCAGCAGAGCCAAGCUUAAGAUGGGAGACAAGCAGUGUGUCUUCUUGCAGAUGGAGACGGACCCCGCGGUUUGGCGUCUGGUGGAGGUGGGCAACGAGUCCGAAACACUGGCCCUCAUGAUCGUGUAUGUGGACGAUGCUAUGAUGUUGAUCACAGAGGGCACCGAGGGUGACGAAGGAUGGAAGUGCUCGCCUUUGGAGUGGUUGGGAAAAGAGCCCGUACGCUACCUGGGAAUGGAUGUGAGGCGAAGGGAAAAGAGAGAGGCUAUUAGCUUCCACAUUUCCCAGGGGAGCUAUGUUACGGAGCUUCUUAGAAACUACCCCGAGGAGGCAGCAAGACCAUCCCAAAUCCCAGCGUCCAAGGAGGUGAUGCCAAUGGGAGAAGAAGGUGAAGCAGAAGCCGGGCCAGUUGAUGAAGAUUUGGUCAGACAAGCACAGAAGAUGGCAGGUGAGCUUCUGUGGCUUCUCACGAGAACAAGGCCAGAUGUGGGAUUUGCGACAGCUCAUGUUUGCAGCGCGGCUACCAAGGACCCAGCAUCUGCAAUCAAGCUAGCCAAGAUGACUAUGAGGUAUUUGGCUUCGACGGUGUCUUGGGGGCUAUGCUAUGAUGGGCAAGGUGGUCCAGUGGUUGCAUACUCGGACGCGAGCUUCGCCCCUCAAGGAGAUCGCAGCUUUGGUUGUGUGACAACAGCUACCUAUGGUGGUUUCGCGGCUUGGCGGAUGACGAAGCAGCCCACUAUAGCUUUGUCGGCUGCGGAGGCAGAGCUGGUAGAGCUGUUAAACGCAAGUCAACAAGCAGCUGGCCUGCAGGCGUGGGUCAACGAGGUGUCCAGCAAGGAUGCAGAUGAACCCAUGGAGUUGCGAGUGGACAACACAGCGGCGUGUGGUUUGGCUACUACAGCACCGGGAUCGUGGAAGACAAGGCACCUCAAGGUGAAGGCCAGACACCUACGAAUGGAGACCAACGAAGGUCGGAUUGUGGUUACCCACACGCCGGGCGAAGUGCAGGUGGCAGACAUGGGAACAAAGCCAGUCCCUGUGUCAAGGCUUCAGGAUUUGAGGAAGCUGUGGAGAAUGUGUUCGGCGGAGGACUUUGAGAAGGACGAUGGUGAGGUGAUUAUCAGGUCCUUGCAAGGCCCGGAAUACUACGACUUACUACGGAUGUUUGUGUGGUUGAUGAUGGUUUCAAGGGUCCCGACAGCAGAGACAGCAGAGGUUAACAGCAAGAAGCCGUUGGACUAUGAUGGAAGUUUCGAGUUCUAUGGGCUGUUGCUGAUUGCGGGUGUGGCGUUGCUGGGAAUGUGGGAGACGCUCAAAUGGGUAGCCCACAAGUUCUUUGGCGAUGAUGAGGCCACAAUCGCGAAGGCACGUCGGUUGCUGAGGAUUCGAAACCAGGCCACAAAGGCCUUACAGGAAGAGCUGGCUUCUAUGACGAGUGCGAGCUCAUCGGAUCCAAUGUUUGAGGGAAAGCCCAACUUGGUGAAAGAAGCUCCUGGAAUGAUGCCACAGGAGCCGUUGGGAAUCACUACAGCGGGGAGUAUCGCACCGACCACAGCGGGGAGUACCACGCCGGCUACAGCGAGAAGUGCGACGCCGGCUACGUCUAGCGCGGCGGCUACUACAAGGGCUGUUGACGACCCGGACUUACGGGCAGCCUUGGAAAGUGCCCAGAACGGACAGUACCGUCGCCUCAGAAGGAGCUUUGUGAUGUCGGAGCACGGUGACCGACUUCAUACAGUCGCAGAUUGUCAUGGGCUACGACACGCCAACAAGACCAGGUUGAAACAGAUGCAGGUCUGUUACUACUGCGAUGGCAAUUUCCCCUUGUACUACAAGGUAACCCAUGGACAAGUUCUGCCGGAAGGGUGA